CUUGAUAGCCCUCUCGUCGACCCCAUCCUAGUAGCUUAGAUUUCACCUGCAUUUCCAUUUUGAUCUUCCUGAAUCUCUCUGGCUAGCUGCUUUCUGGUGACAAAAAUAUCUCAAGAAGCUGCUUUCUGUCUUGCUCCUCCGCCUUCUCUUUGCUCUGAAACAAUGGCAGUCCUGCAUGCUGCUGACCUUCCCCCGGUCUCUGCAAUCGGGUUUGAGGGAUAUGAGAAGCGUCUUGAGAUCACCUUCUCGGAGGCAUCUGUCUUUGCUGACCCUGAAGGACGGGGCUUGCGUGCACUCUCCCGUGCUCAGAUCAACUCGGUUCUUGAUCUUGCACGGUGCACCAUUGUGUCUGAGCUCUCAAAUGAGGACUUUGACUCCUACGUCUUAUCUGAGUCGAGCAUGUUAGUGUAUCCGUACAAGAUUGUGAUCAAGACCUGUGGAACUACCAAGCUUCUGCUCGCCAUUCCUAGGAUUCUUGAGCUUGCCGAGGAGCUGUCGCUGCCCCUUGCUGCUGUCAAGUAUUCCCGUGGGACAUUCAUAUUCCCUGACGCACAGCCUUCCCCGCACAAGAACUUCGCUGAUGAGGUUGCCUUCCUGAACCGAUACUUUGGCGGUCUCACGUCCGGUGCCAAUGCUUAUGUGAUUGGAGACCCUGCAAAGCCCGGGCAGAAGUGGCACAUCUACUAUGCCACCCAGCACCCUGAGAAACCUGUGGUUACUCUUGAGAUGUGCAUGACUGGGGUGGACAAGAAGAAAGUUUCUGUCUUCUUCAAAACCUCUGCUGAUGGCCGCACAUCCUGUGCUAAGGAGAUGACCAAGCUCUCUGGUAUCUCAGACAUAAUCCCAGAGAUGGAGAUUUGUGACUUCGAUUUCGAGCCCUGCGGCUACUCUAUGAAUGCCAUCCAUGGCUCUGCUUUCUCGACCAUUCAUGUGACCCCUGAGGACGGUUUCAGCUAUGCAAGCUAUGAGGUGAUGGGCUUCAACCCGGCUUCCUUUGCUUAUGGUGACCUGGUUAAGAGGGUGCUGAGUUGCUUUGGCCCGUCCGAGUUCUCUGUUGCUGUGACCAUCUUUGGUGAGCGGGACAAUGCGAAGACCUGGGGGAAGAAACUGGAUGUUGAGACCUACGCUUGCAGCAACAUAGUUGAGCAGGAGCUGCCUUCUGGCGGCUUGCUCAUUUAUCAGAGCUUCACUGCUACUGGUGAAGUCACUGUUCAGUCUCCGAGAACUGUAAUUCACAGCUUUGUCAGCGACGAUGAGGAGACCGGCUUGAAGGAUGGCAAUUCUGAUGCUCUUCUGUGCUGAGAAGAGGAUGCUGUGAAGGCAGAGAGGGAGGGAGCGCAAGAAGCUGAAAUGCUGAUGUUGUGUUAUGCUGAAAUUGAAGAGCAAACGACCUAAGAUUUUUAUGCUUUAGAAUUGCUGCCCCUGGUGAAGCAGUCGAGCCAGAUUCUUCAUAUGUUAUAGUUUAUAGUUUUUGUAUUGGUGUGCUAUGGCGUGUGAUUAUUCUGAAUAAACUGCUCUCGGUGGUCAGCUCUGUCUGCCACAGUGAGCCGAUGUACUGAUCGUUUGAACCUAAAUAAAGUCUCUGUUUGAGGAGCAAUAUGAACCAAGUCUUUUUGAGUA